AUGGUACAAUCUGGUAUUGGCUACCAGCUGCUGUUCAGAGAUGUCACUACUGAUACCAUUCUGAAAGCCAUUCACACAGUUCUUGAAAACGACAGCUAUCGAGAAAACAUGAAGCGGUUCUCAGCGGUAUUCCGUGAGCACCAGGAGAGGUCCCUGGACACUGCCGCCUGGUGGAUCGAGUACGUGAUACGUCACAAGGGUGCUCCGCACAUGCGCAGUGCAGCCCUCGACCUGAGCUGGUGGCAGCUGCUCCUGCUCGACGUGAUAGGGAUCGUUGUUGCAAUGGCGUCCAUCGUGGCCUACGUGCUGUUCAAGGCAGCCACCUACUGCAAAAGACUUUUGGCUAUCAAUCUGAAGAAGAAGACUUCGUGA